AUGGCAUUCAAGAAAGGUCAACGGAUCACUUGGUGGAGUGUGAGUUCAUGUUCAGCAUCUGUUGAUGUUAUUUCCUCAUUUUUUAACAAAGCUCGUCAGAGUACAUUAUUUAAUAUAGAAUGUUCGUCUGGAAAAUCAAUUUCAGGGUACACAUGUUAUCCAAAAGAAGAUGAGGUUAUUUUAAUGCCUGGUACAGUGUUUGAAGUUGUAGCACAUCCAUUACAUCAUCAUGGUGGAUUACAUAUUAUACAUUUGAAAGAAAUUGCUGACGACGAUGAUGAUAACAGCAGUGAUAAUGAAAAACAAGGAACGUAUGGACCAACAACUGCAUUCGUACCACAGAAAAUCAGCAAAAUAAGAUCAGGUAAACUAGUUGAUUCAAAUUCUGACAAGCCAACUCAUUUUGCAACCAAUGCCCCGACUGUGCCGAAGAAUACAAUGGCGCCAUAUAAACCACCAUCAAAACCUCAGCCUCAGCCAAGAGCAGAAUAUCACGAAUUUAAUGAUCCUAACAACGACAAGAAACUCGAUUGUAGAGGUCGUUCUUGUGCAAAAUGUCAUAUGUAUCGUGAUUGGCAGUUUGGGGGAGAUCACACUACAUGGACAUGGAUCACCAAUUGGAAAAUCUGGACAGCCAAAGAAUGGAAUUAUUUUAACAAUGAUGGUACUUGGAAGAAUUUCAAGAAACGUGAUGAUGCAACCUGUGUUUAUGGUUUCUAUGGUGGUGGUUAUGGUUAUUAUGGUGGUCGUGGUGAUGAUGGUAGUGGUUUUUAUGGUUCUUUUUAUUUUUCUAAUCAUUUGUGCGUCUGUGAGCGACAUUAA